CCCGCCCCUUGACCCGGUAGCGCGCUUGUCCUCUCCCGCUUGCCGUCUUCGCAGCCAUGGCGGCCGCUCGGCUCUCUGCCUCCCUGGUUCUGCAGCCGCGGGCCAGAACCCUUCGAGCCUUUUCCACCUCUGUGUCUCCGGCCACUCGCUCUCCGAGACCAAGCCCGUCUACAACAGAAAGAACAUCCAGAUAUGGAAGGCCACUAAGAAGAAAGGCACUACCUCCUAGGACAGAGAAAAUGGCUGUUGACCAGGACUGGCCUAGUGUUUACCCUGUUGCAGCGCCAUUUAAACCCUCAGCAGUACCUCUCCCUGUUCGAAUGGGUUAUCCAGUAAAAAGAGGGGUGCCCAUGGCUAAGGAGGGAAAUCUGGAACUUUUAAAGAUUCCCAAUUUUCUGCAUUUGACUCCUGUAGCAAUUAAAAGGCACUGUGAAGCUCUUAAAGAUUUUUGCACCGAGUGGCCAGCUGCAUUAGACAGUGAUGAGAAGUGCAGGAAGCAUUUUCCAAUUGAAAUUGACACAGCUGGUUAUGUAUCAGCGGGACCAUCUGUUCGAAACCCCAAAGCACGAGUAGUGACAUUAAGGGUUAAACUUUCCAGUUUGAAUUUAGAUGAUCACGCAAAGAAGAAACUUAUUAAACUUGUAGGAGAUCGAUACUGCAAGAGCACAGAUGUGCUUACCAUCAAGACAGAUAGGUGCCCCUUAAAGAGACAGAAUUAUGAUUAUGCAAUGUAUCUACUAACAGUUUUAUACCAUGAGUCUUGGAAAACUGAAGAAUGGGAGAAAACGAAGACUGAAGCAGACAUGGAAGAGUAUGUAUGGAAAGAUAGCUCCUCAGAGAAAAACAUCCUGGAAACCCUUCUCCAAAUUAAAGCUGCUGAGAAAAAUCUGGAAUUAAGUAAAGAAGAGCUCCUUGGUACUGAAGAAGUUGAAGAGUACAGAAAGUCUGUUGUUAGUCUUAAGAAUGAGGGGGACAAUGAAAAUACCCUUUCUCAGUACAAAGAAUCAGUGAAGAGACUAUUAAAUUUGACAUGAAUUAUAUAGAAAAAUUGCCUUGAUUUAUUAAUUUUAUGAUAUAUAUGUAAUCAUUAUCUAAUUUGAUAUACAGUUGAAGAUGUUAAAAAACCAUUGUUUUAUUACAUCAGAGUUAAAAUUAUUCCUUUCAUCCUAAUGUACAAAGGCAGUGAUUAUUCAGAAGUUUUCUUACUUUAUGCACUGGGGCAAUCAGGCUAAUUCGAUCUCUGUGAUUUCUUCUGGUUCUAAAGUGUUUGGAUUUUAUUUCUACCAUAACAACUUUAGUAUUCAUAUAUAUACAAUGUUGUUGUUUUGUCACCUGCUCCAUUUCUUUCCCUACAGAUUAGUACUUUUUGGUUGCUUUUGAAUAAUGAUUUUGGUUAUUUGGGAAGCUAGGCCCAGAACCCAGUCCUCUGACUGAAGUUCAGUGUUUUGUCUACAUAACUGCUAUCUGCCUAGUGAGUUUUUGCACAUGCUGAUUCUGAUUAGAAGCAGGUCCUUAGCAGUAUUUUCUAACUAAAAGUUUGUUCCAUUCCUCUAUUUGGGGGUCACUUUAUGUUGAUUCAAUUCUGUUUAGCAUCCUGCUUUCCAUUUUCUUUGGCUCAUUUCUCCAAGCCUAAGUUUGCAGAAAAGUGGAAAUGGAGAUUAGCUGGUAUUCAUCUCUAUGGAUGCCCCAGCUAGAACUUCCACAGCUCAGGAAAGAGAUGAGGUAUAAAGACCUUGAAUUUAAUUGGAGUAAAUGACAAAAUAACUGCACUAGGAAACAUUUCAUUCAAUUUAGCUGUCAAUUCAGUGCUUUUAAGUAUAUCUGUAAGUCAUUUCUUACCACUUAAAGUUGUUGACAAGUGAUUAAUUUAAAAUUGAAAUAAAGGAAUUAUGGAGGCUGUUA